GCAGGCGGGCAGAGCGGCCUCUCUCAACCACCAGCUAUCUUGGCGCGGGCGCUGAACCGAGCAAAGAAAGCUGUUGCAAUCUCCCCUGUGCCUUGCAUGGAUUGAAAGGGGGGUUGGAACACGAACAACCAGGAGGAGCCACGGUUCCCGGCCUCGGCUCGGGGGCCAGGCCAAUAGGGAUGUGAGCUCCCCCGGUGCCAACCAAUGAGUACCAGGGCCUUCGACGGUGGCCCAAUGGAACGCCGACUGGGCCCGGGGAGAAGGCGGGGAGCCGGAGCCCCGCCGCAAACCCGCGCGGCCAAGUCCGGGUGAACCCGCUGGACGCGCUGUGGUCCCUCCGUAGCUGACUCGCCUCCCGCACCGCCGCGCCAUGGACUCUCCGAAGCAGACUGUCAACUUCGGGCCCGGGCCCGCCAAGCUGCCACGCUCGGUAUUGUUAGAGAUACAGAAGGAGUUGGUGGACUACAAAGGCCUUGGCAUUAGCGUUCUUGAAAUGAGUCACAGGUCAUCUGAUUUCGCCAAGAUUAUUAACAACGCAGAGACUCUUGUGCGGGAAUUGCUAGCCGUUCCAGACAAUUACAAGGUGAUUUUCCUACAAGGAGGUGGGUGUGGUCAGUUCAGUGCUGUACCCUUCAAUCUGAUUGGCCUGAAACCAGGAAGGUGUGCGGACUAUGUGGUGACGGGAAUUUGGUCAGCAAAGGCGGCUGAAGAAGCCAAGAAGUUUGGGACGGUGAAUAUGGUCCUGCCUAAGCUUGGAAGUUACACAAAAAUCCCGGAUCCGAGCACCUGGAACCUUAACCCAGAGGCCUCCUAUGUGUAUUACUGCGCCAAUGAGACUGUGCAUGGCGUGGAGUUUGACUUUGUACCUGAUGUCAAGGGAGCCGUCCUGGUGUGUGACAUGUCUUCGAAUUUCCUCUCCAGGCCAGUGGACGUUUCCAAGUUCGGUGUGAUUUUUGCCGGUGCCCAGAAGAACGUGGGCCCUGCGGGGGUCACGGUGGUGAUCGUGCGUGAUGACCUGCUGGAAUUCGCCCUCCCGGAGUGCCCCUCCAUCCUGGAGUACAAAGUGCAGGCGGCCAGCGGCUCCUUGUACAACACACCCCCGUGUUUCAGCAUCUACGUCGUGGGCUUGGUGCUGGAGUGGAUUAAGAACAAUGGUGGGGCAGCGGCCAUGAAGAGGCUCAACACCAUCAAGUCUCAAAUGAUUUAUGAGAUUAUUGAUAAUUCGCAAGGAUUCUAUGUGUGUCCAGUGGAGCCUCGAAGCAGAAGCAUGAUGAAUAUUCCGUUCCGCAUCGGCAAUGCCAAGGGGGACGAAGCUUUAGAGAAACGGUUCCUCGAUAAAACCCUUGAGCUGAACAUGCUCUCCCUGAAAGGGCACAGGAGCGUGGGAGGCAUCCGGGUCUCUCUGUACAAUGCUGUGACCGUUGAAGAUGUUCAGAAGCUCGCGGCCUUCAUGAGGAACUUUCUGGAGAUGCAUCAGCUGUGAACACAGCCUCCGUGCACAUCCUCUG